AUGGUUUCCCGCGGUUGCAGCGCAGAUGCCCACGAAGACUCAGGGCGCAUCCUCUCCCUGAGCGCGUGGAUCCUUCCAGUGGUCUUCUGGCGGCCCGCCCGGAAGCUGCUGGGGCUGGUGCGCCCCGAGCGCGGGAGGCUGGCAGCCGCUGUUGGGUUUCUGGCCGUGUCCAGUGUUGUCACCAUGUCUGCCCCUUUCUUCCUGGGGAAGGUCAUCGAUGUCAUCUAUGCCAGCCCCUCCACGGACAGUAGUGCCAGUUUGACUGACCUCUGCCUGGGGCUAUCCUGCGUGUUCCUGUGUGGUGCAGCUGCCAAUGCCAUCCGCGUCUACCUCAUGCAGUCUUCAGGUCAGCGCAUUGUGAACAGGCUGCGAACCUCGCUGUUCUCCUCUGUUUUGAGGCAGGAUGUUGCUUUCUUUGACAAGACUCGCACAGGAGAAUUGAUCAACCGCCUGUCCUCGGACACUGCGCUCCUGGGGCGCUCAGUGACUGAAAACCUCUCGGACGGGCUCAGGGCUGGAGCCCAGGCCUCAGUUGGGAUUGGCAUGAUGUUUUUUGUCUCGCCUGCCCUGGCCACUUUUGUCCUGAGUGUGGUGCCUCCGAUGUCCAUCCUUGCAGUGGCUUAUGGGCGAUACCUGAGGAACCUGUCCAAAGCCACACAGGACUCUCUGGCACAAGCCACUCAGCUAGCAGAGGAGUGCAUCGGAAAUAUCAGAACCGUGCGAGCCUUUGGCAAAGAGGUGGCUGAGGUGGAGAAAUACUCCCACAGAGUGGACCACGUCAUGCAAUUGGCAAGGAAGGAGGCCUUUGCUCGGGCUGGCUUCUUUGGAGCAACAGGACUGUCUGGGAACCUGAUCGUGCUAUCUGUCCUGUACAAGGGAGGACUGCUUAUGGGCGCUGCCCACAUGACGGUGGGCGAACUCUCUUCCUUCCUCAUGUAUGCCUUCUGGGUUGGACUGAGCAUUGGAGGUCUGAGCUCUUUCUACUCGGAGCUGAUGAAAGGCCUGGGUGCCGGCGGCCGGCUCUGGGAGCUCUUGGAGAGGCAGCCCCAGAUGCCUAUUGAUGAAGGGGUCACUUUACGUGAGAAGAGCUUCCAGGGGGCCUUGCAGUUUAAGAACGUGCACUUUGCCUACCCGGCUCGUCCAGAGCUGCCCAUAUUUCAGGAUUUCAGUCUUUCCAUCCCGGCAGGAUCUGUCACAGCUCUGGUUGGCCCAAGUGGCUCCGGCAAAUCAACUGUGGUCUCGCUCCUACUGCGACUGUAUGACCCCCUUUCUGGAGCUGUUCUUCUGGAUGGCAAUGACAUCCGCCAGCUGAACCCAGCCUGGCUGAGAUCCAAGAUUGGGACCGUCAGUCAGGAGCCAGUUUUAUUUUCUUGCUCUAUUGCUGAGAACAUCGCUUAUGGUGCGGACUGCCCUUCCUCGGUGACAGCAGAGCAGGUGGAGAGGGCUGCAGAGGCCGCCAAUGCUGCGGCUUUCAUCCGGAAGUUCCCCCGAGGCUUCCACACGGUGGUGGGGGAGAAGGGCGUGCUGCUGUCAGGUGGACAGAAACAGCGGAUUGCAAUUGCCCGAGCCCUGCUUAAGAACCCUAGAAUUCUUCUCCUGGAUGAAGCGACCAGUGCGCUGGAUGCCGAAAAUGAGCACCUUGUGCAAGAGGCUCUGGAUCGACUGAUGGAGGGAAGGACAGUGUUAGUCAUUGCCCACCGCCUGUCCACCAUCAAGAAUGCAGAUGUUGUCGCUGUUCUUGACCGUGGAAAAAUCACCGAACACGGAAAGCAUGAAGAACUGCUUUCAAGACCAGAUGGGAUGUACAGAAGACUAAUGAGCAAACAGAGCUUUCCCUCAGCGUGAAGAAGCAGCUCCCCAUGCACUGAGCCUGGGAGGCUUUAAAGCAAGGUGGCACUGCAGGAAAAACACAAGAGACUGAUGAAAUCCCCAAGUCACACUUCAAGAUACUUGAAAUAAGUCUAUUUUUCCAAAGUAUGUAAAAAUAUUGUUUUGAACUAUCUCUGUUAUCAAGACCUUUUAGCAGUGUGACUUUCUAAGUGUCCCCACACCAGGGCCCUCUCCUGGUUCUGUGCUCCCCUUCAUGGUGGAGGGGAGCACAGUGUUGCCCAGCACCUUGUGCUCUUUGCCUGACCUCAAAGAUUCAAACCAUUGUGGAGAGAGCUCUUGAAAUGGAAUUAUAAACAAGGAGCAAGGACUGUGGACCAGCUUAGCACACAUUGUCACCCAGUGUCCUUUCUCUGGGUAGUAGAAGUGCAACUUAGCCUUUACUGUGCCUGGAACAGGGAAGCGAAGCUGCCAGGCAGAGCAUUAGGUAGAGGAAGGGGACGUUCACGCUACCUGUGCACUGGAGUUCCUGCAAUGUGAUCCUGGGGUGCGACAUGCAUGGUCUCCAACAUCCUGGCACCUGGAAUCCUGACUGGUUUGAACACGGGAAGGAAGCGGUUCCUCCAAUUGGAAAGCUUUGUGUUCUCUCUUCCCGUGUCUGUUUCUGUGAGUACUCUUGGAGCAAGGCACAAAUUGCCGGGUAUCACAAGAAAGAGGAAUGAACAUGAACUUUACAUGUCAGUUGUGUGAGGUAUGCAUUUGAAAAUUAUCUGUCAAAAGCUUAUAAUUCCCAGAGAAACUAAAAUUUAUAGUUUUUAUAAUACUGUUGAACUUUCAUUAAUAUAGCUAAAAUCUGAAUAACAUGGCUAUCAUUUUCAGCCAUAAGAUAUUUGAAGUUUGAAAGCCGUCCUGCUCCACAGAGCCCGGAACCUUCUGUUGUGGCACUGUCCUGAGGAGGAUACCAGUGGCCCCCCUUCUUGUAUUUAUGAGCAUAGUCUUGUUCACCUGAAUGUCUCAGUCACUAAAACAAAGUAACUGCACAGACAUGUUUGCCAUGUUCUGAUUCAUGCUGGUAACUUGCUGUUGCCUCAGGAAAAACUGCUUUUUCUACAUUGAUGAUGCCAGAGCCUGAGUUGCUAUGCUGGCGUGGACUGGCCUCCCUCCAGAACCUCCUGGAAGAAGCAUCCUGUUUCAGUAGAGGCAUAGAGUGUUGUGUUUUUGUUUUGUUUUGACAAAAGGGAAUUUAAUAAUGAAUAAAAUGAUUCAGUGAAUGUAGUGUUCUUUGAAUUGAUAAACAAUACAUCUGUGGUGAUCAUUUUAA